UACCUGUAAGUAAGUAUUUUGUGCUUGUGUGAGGAAGUGCACAUGCAAUCUCCAUGAUGAAAAGAUGGCGGAGCGAGACGCACCGAAGAAUUCGAUGUGCAGCAGUUCUGACACUGGAAAACUUCAGCAAUUGUCGUCGGAGGAGACUGACACAACUGUUCUUUCAGCAGGAAUGUGAAGGAUGUGAAGCUUGCAAAGCCAGCACCUUUGAAACCUCGAAACCAGUGUUGUGGUAUCUACGCGAAGUCACGAUGAUAGACACUUAAAAAGUACUGAGAUAGAUCGAGAGCGCAAGGCCCGUGCUCAAAUGCGUGGAGAUGAGAAAUAGUAUUUUUUUAAUGGUGGGCGAAGAACAAUACGAGCAGAUGGGGCUCCAUGAGUUACAUGAGAAUGAGCUGAGUACUGACACAUUUAGUUACGGUAUGUGCAGGAACAGAUCAGGGCAGGGCACGGGAGUGGGAGAUUGGAUCCAUUCAGAACUGAAAUCGAAGUCGGUCAGUCAGUCAUCCGGAAAGCGUGUUCAACUCUUGACACAUUCGAGAGCAGUCAGGAGAAGUCCAUGUCCAUGAUGCGCAGCGCUGACAUGGAGCAAGAAAUUGGCUGUUGCCUUCGAAGAAAGCGGGGCUGCUCGCUGACCGACGGACUGACGGACUUACAUCGAGUCAUGCCGAUGUCCCGCUGGUUGUUAAUCGAAUUAGGGUAACCUCUGACGUCAUCGACGACGUCACCGUCGUCCAUCGCCGGUCUCCAACUUCGUAUAUUUGUUAAACGACAUCUUUAAAGAGGCCCAUCAUUUUCGCUACGGGAAAGGUUCUUAUGAAACUGGGGCCACCUCUGAGGUGACAACUCUCGUCCCAGUGUUUGCAAGAGAUUGAUACCUAGUUUGAGCAAAUCAUCUCUUGAAACGCACGUCCUUUUCUUGAAUACGAUUCCUGGCUUUUCGUACUGUUGAGCACAUAACACAGAACACGACCGCGAAGAGAGGGGAUAAGAAAUCUCAGAAAAAGGUAAUAUCUACAAAACUCAGUUCUCGACAUCAUGGAUUGACUUCUCAAUGCCAGAGCUAUCAAGCGAGUCAGAAAAGACUGUAGCGGGAGUGGGUCAACUGGCUCCUAUUUUAAUCGGUCGGCGGUGUGGUCGGUCGUCAAAAUCCGGUCAAUUCGAAUCAGAGCAUUACUGCGCUUGACACUCACAUGUUGGAGUAGUACAGCAUUAUUGGCUUCGAGCAUGAGCUGACCGAAGGAUGGAGCUGUAUUGCUAGCGCACCAGUGAGGUGGAGUGGCGCAGCAGGUCUUGGAGCAGACGGGGCUGGCUGCACACCCACCCACCCACUCGGGCGAAAAGUGCAAGUACUCCUCCGACCCCAUGUCUCUCCAUGCGUCAGUAAGGCCAUUAAUCUCAACCAAAGCAGGCAACCGCAACCGCAACCCCACCCCGAACUCCAUCUUUUGCGCCUCCUCCUCCAAUAAUAACGACCCACGGGCAAUUUCGAUGAAUGCCGCAGCAAAUCGAUUUCCAGAUUCGCCACCAUUUCUUCUUCAGUGUUCGGGAGGUGAAGCAAAAAGAAGACGCAAUCGACCACAUGAUCCUCUGAGGUGGCAGGGUGUCACAUCCAGUCACAGGAUCUUUGUUCCUGCCGAGCAUUUGCCCUGCAGCGAGCCGACGAGCCGACGAGCCGACGAGCCUUCGAAUCUAUUGACAUGUUGAGUACUCGAGCGCAAGGCUUCGAAGCGAAGGGGGUGACGUCGAUCGACGACAUUCCUUGACCCAUCCAGGUCCAGCGCCGGAACCCGAGUUAGAGAUUUGGCUGCAGCCUAACCCGGCGUCGCCGUCGAGCAAUCUGAAUCAUAAUUUGCAUCCCAUCUCCUGAAUUUAGAGGUUUCGGAUAAGCUUGCCCUGUUUGCGAAGGACCUCGGAAAAUGUUUUGAGAAGCGUAUUUUUACCAUUUGACACGGCAUCAGCUUCCGUGUGCACAUCGGAGUUAUGGGGUCCUCCAUGAUCUGAAGAGAAUUGAGAUCUCGAUCCUUUCAGCGCGAGCUUUGCUUAUCCGUAAAGAAUCUUGUCACUCGGGUCACAUAAUAUUUUCUCCCAAGUAAUUUCGAGCUUUUAUGUUUUGUCUUAACGAGUAGGGUUUUUUUCAAAACAAGAGUUAAUUAUGAACUAAUUGCAUAAACCCUUAGCCACGUUCUGACUCCAUGUUCCACAUGAAUUUGCUAAGUAAUAUUUGUUAUUCAAA